UUUCUUCUUUUUAUAUGACCUUAGCGGUGUGAGUGAGAGAACUGAGCUGAGUGAGUGUAUGUGUGGGACCAUUAACGUAUUAUGGCGUUUUUUAGCCGUGUAACGUGGAGGAUUAACGUGUACGGCUUGUAGAAGUGUGGCCGGAACCUCCAUUGACGUUCUAAACCAAGAAUAACAAACAACAAGAACAACAAGAGGAGUGCAUGAACUGAGUGCCGUGGACAAGACAUACAAACAGACUUGACAUACAACCACAACCAAGCUCCACCACUACCACAACCGUCAACCGCAGUGCCUUACUCUACCCUCCGUUGCUCAUUCUCGCCUCUGAAGCGUAACCGAAGAAGAAGAAUAGAUUGAUAGAAAGAGAGAGAGAGAGCGUGUCCAUCUAUCCAUAACUCAAGCUGUCGUCCAUAUCAUCUGUCUCCCUCUCGGUCUUUUUACGUAAACAAGUGGAAGUUUUUAUAUGACGUACGUAAGGUGUCGAUUUUCGCUCCCGGUCAAUCUCCCGUGCAAUGCCGUGACUUCCUGCCUACCACAAGCAAUCAAUGUGUGUGUGUGUGCGUAUGUGACUUGAACUGAUGUGCGUAUCCUCUUGCCAUUGAGAAAUAUACAGAAAUUGAGUUGAAGAGAGAAAUACGAGUGCAGAAAUUUAGUUGAACAUUGCAAAACGAAAGUGUGCGAUCAAAACGAAGCCAUCAAAUGCAAGACAAGGAGUUCAAACACACAUUAUCAGCAGAACAGCAAGACAGAAGUGAACGAAUGUAAAGAAACUUUAAAAAGAAACGAGGUGAGGAGAGAAAGAAACACAGGAUUAUCGAAACCAGAAAGUGCUUGAAAACGACGUAACAGAACAUUGAAACACAGAACUCUUAAACAAACAUAUGAUAAAAACGAAACUACCAAACGUAAAAAGAAUAAACAAAACACAAGAUAAGGGAAACUGAAGUGCAUGAGUGGAACGAAACUCUGAAACGCAAGUUGAAGAGAGAGACAAACACACGGAAUUACCAGAACAGAGCGGAAGGAAGAACGGUCAACUUUUCCACUCGUCAAUCUCGCCCCUGUGCGUGUUGGUGUGUGUGCGUGUGUGAAGAGAGCCAGGGUGUUGUUCCUGCGACUGACAUAAUUAUACGUGAAGAUGGACAGAACCAAGACAAAGGAAGCAGUGCGUGUCGUCGAAUAUAAAUAACCAUUCAUCGAUAUUAAGGUUCAAGAGGAAAGUAAUACACCAUCGGGAUUCACUCGUAGCGGAGGAAACCAAACGGAUCAUUCGUCGCAAGCACCAGCUAGCAAUAACAUCAUCAAUCAAGGCGGAUUAUACGUAACCAAAUUCGAAAAGAAGAAAUUGAUUAACACUCGGGAUUUAACAGAAGCAGAACAAGGAUAGCAUAAAGGUGGAAUAAAAGGGAAUUAAGAAUAAACCGUGUUCAUGAAGAGAAGAGCGAAGUAUUAAUAAUAACAAUUCGAUAUAUACACAAUGAAAAAAGUAUAAAUGAAAGAAUAAACAAACAAAGGAUUCUCUCGUAACAGAACAAAACAGACAGUGCGUGAACCUAAGAAGUUGCCGAGAGGAAUAACAAUAAAUAGAGAGGAAAGGAAAACGAAGGUAAAGAUGAUGAUGAUGACGCAGAAGUGAAGAAGAGAUAGAGGAGAGAUAAUCGCGCUCUUCCGCUCCUGUCCGCUGCCGCCGCCGCCUCUGCAAGUCUCCUCGUACCUCUGUCGGUGUGUGUGGCCAUGGUCGUAGUGGCGUGAAGGUAGAUGGCCCGAUGGCCCCCCAGAUGCCCCAUGCCUCCACCAUGACCACCAACACCAUAGGGCGCACCACACGAGCCGACUACAAUAAGGAGGCCCUACACCAGAUCCGGGCCUCCUUGCUGCCCUAUGCCGCGGGGGGCGGCGUGCCCCGGGAGCGGCUGAGCCCCGUGAGCCCUGGCGGGGGGUUGCAGGCGCUGUGCCCCGGCAGCUUCGGGCUGGUGCCCACGGAGGAGGAGCUGCAGCGGGCCUACCACAAUGGGUACCCCGCCAAGGCCGUCACGGUCACCACCACCACCACCGCCGGCGGCGGCGAGGGCGGCAAGAUCAUCCGCAAGAGUAGCUUCGACCGCGAGGUGUCCCUGCAGCGGGGCAGCCCCGCGCUGGACGGCGGCGGCGGCGGCUCGGCGCGCUCCGACAGCCCGGGCAUGGGGGGGCAGUACUACUACAGCAACAGCAUGCCAGUGAGGCACUAUGCCGAGUGCCCCGCCCCGCCCCGCAUGGGCAGCGGCGGCGAGGCCGACCCCUCGGGGCGCCAGUACAGCUGCGGCUACCCCGUGGCCCCCGACGCGCCGCCCCCGCCGCCGCCCCGCAGCCAGGGGUCCUCCGCGCCGCCCCCCACGCCUCCGCGGGGCACCACGCCCCCGCCGCCGCCCUACGGGUGCCCCACGAGCUGCGCGCCGCCCAGCCUGGUGACGGGCAUGGCGCAGCGGCCGCCCAUGCUGCUGUCCCGCCUGUCGCCGGGCCCCGCCAAGAGCAAGGCUCAGGCCAACUACGUCAACAUCAACAGCGUCUCGCAGAGCUCCACGCCGCAGCGCGGCACCAGCCCCGUCUCCUUCCCCGCGGGGCGUCCCCCCGUGGUGGUGCAGAACAGCCCACAGGUGCAGCAGCAGCUCACGCACCAGAUGCAGGCGCUCUCCCUCAGCCCCGCGCCGCCCCAGCUGGACCGCCCGCCGCCCUACCCCCUGGGCUCGGCGCUCAAGGGCAAGCUGGCGGCGCCGCCCCCAUCCUACAACGCCACCAUGCAGAGCCGCCAGAGCCCGACGCAGGACUGCCGCCGCAGCCCGCCGCAGCUGGCCUAUCCCGCGCCCCACCCGGUGUCCCCCUCCUCGCUGUCCCCGCCCACCUCCAUGUCCCCCGCGUCGCUGCCCCGCGGCGGCGGCCAGACGGCGCGCCAGGCCAAGACGCCCACGCCCAUCAUCAUGCAGUCCGUCAAGAGUACUCAGGUGCAGAAGCCUGUGCUGCAGACGGCCGCCGCGCCUGCCUCGCCGCCUGUGUCCGCGCCGCCACCCUCCUAUGCCACCUCCAUUCAGCAGAAGCAGGCCCAGCAGGCGGCAGCGGCGGCGGCGGCCCAAGCUCAGGACCUGGCGCUGGGCCUGGACAGCAGUGAGUACCAGCUGGGCGGCGGCGUGCCCACCACAGACCCGCCCAGUUACCAGUCCACCAUCCAGGCCAUGGCGGCGGCGGGGCGCGGCUACAGCCCCGUGUACCUGCCACCCGUGGCUGGCAUCCCCGUGCAGGACACGCCGGUGCAGGAGCUGGACCUGUCCCUCACGCCGCUGGCCCACAUCCCCAUCAGCCAGGUGUCCACGGCAGACUCUGCCCCCGCCCCCGGCGAGGCCUGCUACGACCAGCACCACGACCCGCACGGCCAUGCCGCCCUGCAGAGGAACUUCUCCCCCAUGCCGGCGGACACGGUCUCCACUGCCUCGCGCUCCGAGAGCCCCGUGUCCUCGGUGGACACGCACGCCACCUCACACUCACCCGUGUCCUGCUUCUCGUCGCCCUCCACACAGUCAGACCUCACGCUGGAGUCCGGCUACUCCUCGGGGCAGUCCUGCCGCGGCGUGCCCCCACCCCCGCCCCCCCAGGAGGAGAAGACCACCCACCAGUCGCCCAUCCCGGAGCGCAAGAAACUCAGCUCGGAGAUGGAGCAGCAGCGGCGGGAGUCGCGCGUGUGCAACCUGUCCCCCCAGGCCUUCAAGUUCUACAUGGAGCAGCACAUCGAGAACGUGAUGAAGUCAUGCGAGGAGCGCGAGAACCGGCGCCUGCAGUUGGAGAAGGAGAUGAAGAAGAUUGGCCUCUCCGAGAAGGACCAGAACCAGAUGAGGAAGAUGCUCUCGCAGAAGGAGUCCAACUUCAUCAGACUCAAGCGCGCCAAGAUGGGCAAAAACCUCUUCCGCAAGAUUAAGACCAUAGGUGUGGGUGCGUUCGGCGAGGUGGCGCUGGUGCUGAAGAUGGACACCCACCGCCUCUAUGCCAUGAAGACCCUAAGGAAGGCCGACGUGCUCAAGAGGAACCAGGUGGCCCACGUCAAGGCCGAGAGGGACAUCCUGGCUGAGGCGGACAAUGAGUGGGUCGUCAAGCUCUACUACUCCUUCCAGGACAAGGACAACCUCUACUUCGUGAUGGACUACAUCCCUGGCGGUGACCUCAUGUCCCUCCUCAUCAAGCGCGGGAUAUUCCUCGAGGACCUGGCCAGGUUCUACAUCGGGGAGCUGGUGUGCGCGAUAGAGAGCGUCCACAAGAUGGGUUUCAUCCACCGCGACAUCAAGCCCGACAACAUCCUCAUCGACCGCGACGGACACAUCAAACUCACCGACUUCGGCCUCUGUACCGGCUUCAGGUGGACACACAACUCAAAGUACUACCAAAGAGUGGGCGACCACAACCGGCAAGACUCCAUAGAUCCCUGCGGCGACAACGACAUCGUGUGCAACUGUAAUGACCUCAAGCCCCUGGAGCGAAGGCGGCGACGGCAACACCUGCGCUGCCUGGCCCACUCGCUGGUCGGCACGCCCAACUACAUCGCGCCAGAGGUCCUGUCGCGCACCGGCUACACCCAACUCUGUGACUGGUGGAGCGUCGGGGUCAUACUGUAUGAGAUGUUGGUCGGCCAGCCACCCUUCCUGGCCAACACGCCCCCGGAGACACAAUCUAAGGUGAUCAACUGGGAGACCACACUCAAGAUCCCCAAGCAGGCAAAACUAUCUCCAGAAGCCAAGAACUUAAUCCUGAGCCUGUGCACCCACCCUGAGAAGCGGCUGGGACGGAACGGCGCUCAGGAGGUGAAGGACCACCCCUACCUACAAUCCCUGGACUUCGAGGGCGGACUGCGGAAACAACAGGCGCUUUACCUCCCGGAAAUCAAGCACCCGUAUGACACUUCGAACUUUGACCCCAUUGAUCCGGAUAAGCUUAGGCCGAGUGAGCCCAACGAGAGUGACUUGGAGUGGGUAAAUAAUGGGAACCAGCCCCUACAUGCCUUCUUUGAGUUUACCUUCAGGCGGUUCUUCGAUAGCACGCCCGGAGGAAGCAGCAAUGACGAGAAGGAUAGCCAGCACCCGGUAUAUGUCUGAAGGUGCUGAUCUGUCUGUCUGUCUGGGCUCAUAAUCUACCCCAUGUCCCUUUCCCGAGUGCCCUGGUGCUUGUUUUGUUUGUCCCCCUUUUUCCCCAGUGCCCGAAAUACCCCAAAAUUCCCCUCCCCAGUACCCUAGUUUUCCCUAAGUCUAGCUAUCUGUUUCCCUAAGUUCCCAGUACCCAAGACUACCCAAAGUCACACUACCCCUUGCCCCGAAUUCUCUGUGUCCUAGUACCCAAAAUCACCCUCCCCAGUACCCAAGUGUACCCCGAAAUCCGUGUCUUGAUACCCCGGUUUUCCCCAAGCCCUCUGUACCCCAAGUUCCUCAUGUCCCAGUACCCAAAUCUACCCUAAAAUCCCCCAUCCCAGUACCCUAGAUUGACCUUGAGAGUCCCCACCCUUUUCCCCUAAAUACCCCAUGCCAGGUUUCCCUUCAUAACCUAAGACCUAACUCACUGCCCGUUUUCCCUUGUCUAGUGCCUUGUCAUGGGUCUUGCCGCCAGUGUUGACAAGUUGUCGUACUCACCGCAUUGCAUUUUUGUAAUUUCCCGCCGAUAACUGUUGCGGAAAGAGAGAAAACCAUUGAUAUUUAGGAGUUUCGACGGUAACUUUAAUAUUUUGUUGUUUAUGGGGCAUUGCUUUUUUGUUAUUUCCCACCAAUAACUGUUGCGGAAAGAGAGAAAACCAUCGAUAUUUAAGAGUUUCGAUGGUAACUUUAAUAUUUUGUUGUUUAUGAGGCUAUGGCAGUUUUUCAAAGCCUAAAAAAUUGCAUACGGAAAGAGAAAACCAUUGAUAUAUAGCAGUUUCAACGGUAACUUUAAUAUUUCGUUGUUUAUGAGGUUAUGACAGCUUUCUGGAGCCUAAAAAAUUAUCAUGUUUCAGAGUACGGCAAUUUUGCAACACUGUGCUUCACCCCUUCCCUUCCAACCCUUCCUGCCCCCCUCUCUCCCCCCCCACACAGUCACCUCUCACCCAGGGGGCAGCGCACACAACCUUCUAGUCUUCCCAUGUCCCCAGUACCCCAUUCCACCCUCCCCUGUGACGUUAAGAGGUGUGGAGUUGCCCGAGGAAGGUGUGUAAAGAGUGGUGGACGUACCUUCGCAUAUACUCUCUGUGGCAGCUCAUGUAUAUCUCUAUUUUUGUGUCUGUGCUGCUAUAUGAUGCGUGAUGGUGUGCGAGAGGUGUGUGCGUGUGUGGGGGUGCGUAGAGUGGGUGAACGAGGGCUACCAGUCAGUCAGUCAGUCAGUCAGUUUUGGGGGUCAAGUCUUGUAAGGUGACCAAGUUAGGCUGUUCUAUUUUGCGUUUGUGUGUGUGUGUGUGUUUAAGUGUGUGUGCAUGUGUAUGUGUGUGUGUCCCAAAAAGAGAUAGUGACCUUUUUGAUUGUCUGAAAAAAAGGUGUUUACUGAGGUGAUUUAGAGAGCAGCUGUCAUUACUUAUUUUGUACCAGUGGAAAAGGAGGACGAGGAGGAGGAGGAGAAGGGGAACCUGUGUAAAAGGAAUUAAUAAGCGUUAGAACUGAAGAAUGUACGGGAGGAGGAGGAGGAGGAGUGAGAGUGAUUGAAGGAAAGGAAAAUGCAAGAAAGAGUUUAAUAAGAGUUAGAAAGGAAAGGAAAGUGUAAGAAUGAGUUUAAUAAGAGUUAGAAAGGAAAGGAAAGUGUAAGAAUGAGUUUAAUAAGAGUUAGAAAGUACAGAACAUGAAAGCAUUAUAAAAAAGGCUAUAGGAGAAUGAAGAAGGGAUUGCAAGAUGAAGCAAGAAUUGAUAAUGUAGUUAGAAAGAGUGUCACAAAUAAGAUGAGGAAGCAGAGGAGAAAAAAGGGGAAAGAGGAAAGGUUAGAAGUGGAAAGAAAGGAAAACAGGAUAUUAAGAUUGAAAAUGAGAGGUCACAAAGAGGAAGAGAAAGAGAAUUAAAGAAGAAGACCAGAAUCAAAAUAAAAAUGAAAGAAGAAAAGAAUGAAAAGUGAGAGAGAAAGAAAGAAGAAUCGAAGGAGGAACAUGAAAAUAGAAAAAUGAAAAAGAAGAAUCGAAGAAAAAUGAGAUUGGAGAAAAUGAAAAAUCCUACAAAAAAAACAAAACAAAAGAAGACAAACUGAAAAUACGAAACGAAGAAGGAAAGAAAGAAACGAGAGAGAAAACAAAGAAAAUAGGAGUCGUAAUCUCAACACAAACACAAACACACACACACACACACACACACACAAUCACUAUACACUUUCUUUUCCAUAUAUGUAUACCCACUGUAUACACACACACACACACACACACACACACACACACACACACACACACAAUCACCAUACCCUUUUUUUUUCUUCAUAUAUGUAUACCCACUGUACGGGGAGAGCGAAGAAGCAAGCUGUGAUUCUGUAUAUUUGAGUUAGAGGCGGAGAGGAGGUGAGGUGAGCCCCGAGCAAGGCAGGGUACGGACAGAGCAGGGGAUACGUUGAACCAAAGACAUUUAAUAAAGGAAGGAAAAGAGCGGAUUGGACGGAGGGCUAAUUGGGGCGGACGGAUUUUUUUUAUUAUUAUUAUUAUUUUAUUUAUUUUUUUGAUUAUAUUUAUUUUUGGGGUUUUUGUGUGUGUACGUGUGUUUGUUGAUUAGGUUCGGUCGGUUUGGUUUUUGUGUCGACAUUUUUGUUUGUUUUCCUUUUUCGCUGUUGUUUUUUAUUUACGUUUAUUUUCUUAUAUUUCUCAUUUAUUUAUUUUAUUAUUUUUUAUGGCCACGAAUGCAAAGCCGAUAUUUUAUUUCUUUAUUUUGUGUUUUAUUUAUCUAUUUAUUUUUUAUUUAUUUUUUUUUUUUUUAUUAUUUUUUAUGGCCACUUGAAUGCAAAGUCAAUGUUUUAUUUCUUUAUUUUGUGUUUUAUUUAUCUAUAUUUAUUUGCAUUAUUUUAUUGUUUUUUUUUUUUUUUUUUUUUUUUUACUUCACGACCACUAGAAUGCAAAGUCAGUAUCUUAUUUUCAGUUUUAAUCCAUUUUAUUUAUUCUCAUUUAUUAUUUUUACUUUCAUUUAGUAUCAACUUUGUGUAUUUUUUAGUUAACUGAAUGCGAAGUCGCUGUUUUAUCUCAUUAUUUUGUGUUUAAUAUUUGUUUUAUUUAUUUCAAUGUUAUAUCACAGAUUAAAAAAAAGGAACAAUUGAUUAACAGACAGGACGUUACCAUCAUUGUCACCAUCAUUUUUACCUAGAAUACUUGCUUAACCUCAAGAUAAAAAAAAUAAACAACAUUAUCAUUAUCAUCAUCAUCAUCAUUUUCAUUCUUACAUACUGAACCUCAAUCAUCGUCGUCUCUCGCCCUUAUAGUAAACGGGAUAAGUUGCGGAGAGCCAGUCAGUCAGUCAGUCACAAACACUCACCCAUCAGUCAGUCAGUCAAGUCACAAACACUCACCAGUCAGUCAGUCAGUCAAGUCACAAACACUCACCCAUCAGUCAGUCGAUCAGUCACCAGUCAGCCAUUACAGACACUCGCCAGUCAGUCAGCCAGUUAAUCACAGUCAGUCAGUCAGUCAUUGAAGGAAGUGGUCGCGCAUAACCGAAACCUAAAUGAUAUAAACAAACGACGAAAUGGAAAACAAACAAAAAAUAUGGAUGAAAAUUAUGCAGAUUACGAGAAUGAAUAUGCAUUUGUGUGUGUGUUCGUGCAUCCGUUCCUCCCCGUUAGCCUCGGUCCGAUGUGCUUUUUUUAUUUUUUCCGCUGUUAAUAAAUGAAUAAAUGAGUGAAAGCCGCAAUGAGUGCACCGCCGCGGGGGAAGCGACGACGAAAUACUCUAUUAUUUGUCAUAGACGAUUGUAUAUAUAUUUUUAUAUCCUAUCGGUAAGGUGUCGUCCGAGGGCUGCACGUCUGUCUGUCUGUCCUCACCACGAACUACUGCUGUGUGUGCGUGUGUGGAGGGGCGGGGCGGGGAUACACACACACACACACACACACACACACACACACACACACACACACACACACACAC